AUGAGCGCGGGCUAUGACUCUACAGACGCGCGAACCGUGAUCAGUCGAUUAUGGUCAAGGAUUUGUAAAUCUCGGGGCCGUGUGGCUGACUUGGAUUCAGUUACUUCGGAGAACUGGGCGACAAAUUACUAUCAACAGGAGAGGCUUCGUCGCAAAGAACAAAGGUGGAGAACUUUACUACAUCCGUCUGUCUUUGGAGCUUGUUUAGCCAUCUUCGGUCGCACAAUAGUAGGCCCAAUCGUGUUGCUGCUGCUGUUUACCGCUACCAACUACCUCUCGCCAGAGGCCACAUUCCUCAUCACGUCGGACAGCAGCUUCUUCGCGUUUACUGAAAAAGAUUUAUCGAUGGUUGGCGGAUGUACCGAUUGUCUGGGGACCUGCAAAAUCGUGUUAUUAACGUAUGCAAUGUACAAUAAAGUAUCUCUCACCAGUGGGCCUCCUUUCACAGCCUUCACCGGUAUACCCCCAACAGAAUCGCUGUACAACUUCAGUUCUCUUGGUGCUGAUGCUAUCGCGCUUGGAGAGGCACUGGAUGCCAGUGAUGCGUUAUGUCAAAGCAGCGUAAACGAGUGGGGAUCAGCAAUGAACGUUCUAACCGGUACAGCGCAGCAAGUCAUGGAUGUCAUUACCACUCUUAAUCUUAGUAUAUCUCUGCAAACAAGAGGAGAGCUCGAGCUUGGGAUUGAGCGUGCAAAAGAGUGCGUCACUACGUGGAGUAUCAUGGCUCUCCCUCGAUUGUUUUUCUAUCCGAUCGACCUAAACAGCACCGGAUUCGGCGAGAUCCCUGCAGUGGCUAUCAACAUCGCUCCUGAUAUAACUGAGUGCCGUCCAGAUGUCCCCAUGGACUACACCGUUCUCGGUUCGACGUUGGCGUUGGAGACCAAUGGUCGAGACUUGCUGGCUGUUGUCCCUGAAGCUCUGACAUUAUUCCCUUACAGCUUCAACAGCACCAUGGCCCCAGUCUCACGCAGGGUUAAAGCCUCCGAGACCAAAUACGAAGUUACCUCUGUGCUAGAACCUUUACUACAUGCGUACUAUGGAGCCUGCCGGGUACACGAGGUGAAUUCUACUGGCGUAUUCAUCGAAAAUACAUGCGAGAUCUCCGAGCAUUGGGCCAGCUACGGACUAAUGAUACAGUCUCCGGACGACAUGCCGCUGUGCAGCACUAGCGAUGUCUGUAUCCACAACUACUAUAAUUCACAAUGGGAAUGGGUGAGCGAAAUCUCAGCAGCUAAACCGAACCGCGUCGCCAUGUACAGGAACACCUUCAGAAGUCGAUAUGCUGAUAAAGUGGGUAUCAGUGUGCUACCAGGGAUAGUGGUCAUGCAGAUUUUCAUCAUGGGGAUGGUUAGUCUGUACGAAGUGAUGUCACACAAACGGUCUGUAUUGCUGACUCAAAUCUGGGCGUAUCGCUGUCAAAACGGCAAAACUCAAGUGGUCUAUCUCGCCGAAGUUGCGUAUCACUUAAUUUACAACUCGGAUUUGUACAUGCUCGGAUUCUCGACUGGGACGCUAACUACAGAGUCCCUUGCAAAUCUUACAUGCUGUUUCUACGCGUUUUCGUAUUCUUUUAUCAAUCUGGCCAAGGCGCGUUCAGGAGAUCAACAGCUUGAUCGUCACUUCCGGCUCACGUGGGAAGCCACUCAAGUUGUUAUCACUGCGUGUGUGGUAACUACGCUUCGUGUAGUGCAGCGUAAUCCGUUGGAGUCGAUCAUUUCAACAAAUGCUGAAAUUUUACGCAAAACUUCGGCACUUGGUGCGAAGUAUUGUGGGCUCAACGAUGCCUGUAUCAUUUUCACGAUCAAUGCACCGACAAUUAUUACGCUUUUGUCAACACUAUUGGGCCUUUUGGCAGUAACUACUUCGAUGUUAGUGAAAAAAACGAGUCCGAAGAUGAAGCGAGCGGUGCUGUUGUCUAGGGGCUCACAGGGAAGUUUUAAGUGUGUCAGUCCGAAUGGGGAAGUUGUCGUACCUGGGAAGAUCACAGCGAUGCGCUUCAGUCUUAACAAGCGCAACCAAACAGUUCCGGUUGAUAGUCGCCCAAAGUACAGUCGUCUUACGUCGUUUGAAGAGAAUUGUCUCGGCUCGCCGUUCAGAAAACUCUUUCAUGAUUGUGAUGAUUUCGCGUACGAAACCUACAAUGGGAAACGCUGUACUACAGUGGAGGCACUGCUGCUUACAGGAUAUCUCUACUACGGAGAGCAUAUUUAUCAAGCCACUAAUGUGCAACUACUUAUCGUGGCACGUUUGCUGCCGCGAAAACUCCUCCGCACGUUCAAUGUGCUUAUUUUACGCUGGCAUUUGAAUCCGACAACAGGGGUACUAACACAUGCUUUGUCCUGUACGUGGUAUGCAGCAAGUAAGGAGAAUCACGCGUUAAAUGGAAUGACACCAGUAGCAUGA